UAAAUAUAUAUCCUAGAGUUAAAAAAAAUAGGAAACAAAAAAAUGUAGAAGAUUAUGAAAACAAAAAUGAGAUUGAUUACAAACACAUAUUGACUCCAAUAUAUAUAUCAACAAAAAUAGAAUAAGACAGUUGGCUGUAGUGAGGUAAUUGAUUAAAUAAGAAAAGGAAAAAAAAGGAAAUAAAAAAUUAGAUAGUUACGGAGGAUAAUGAACAGCAGUUGAGUAUUAGAUUUUGUUGGAGAAAUCAUUAAUUCUCACAACAUCAUUGGUGAACACACAGUUGUACACAAAUUCUGGACAGGGGAUCUUGAUCCCGAUUAUGUGGUUUAAAUUUAAUUGUGUGAUGUAAUAUAAUUCUAUGCUCUAUCCUAUAUAAGUAUGUAUCUACACAAGGACCAGAAAGAGGAAGACUGAUAAAAUGGAGAUCAUUUAUAUUUAUGAUUUGUACAACAUGCUGAGUUAUUUUCUGUAUUUCAUUCUCAUCAUUUGGAUAUCGAUUCAAGCCUUUAACUUAUUUUCUUUUUCAUGGGGCAAAACUACCCAACAUCACCAUCAUCUUCCUCUUCCACCAGGACCAAGAUCUUUCCCCAUAAUAGGGAACCUCUUGGAACUUGGCCACAACCCCCACAAAUCUCUAGCCAAGCUUUCCCACAUACAUGGCCCAAUCAUGAGUCUAAAACUCGGCCAAAUAACCGCAGUUGUGGUGUCUUCGGCGGACUUAGCCAAAGAAGUCCUCCAAACCCACGAUCAACUCUUCUCCAACCGAACCGUUCCAGACUCACUCCGAGCCUGCAAUCACCACCACUAUGGCCUGCCAUGGAUUCCUGUCUCUCCUAGUUGGAGAAACUUCAGAAAAAUGUGCAGCUCUUACAUGUUUUCUGCUAAGGCUCUGGAUACCAACAAGAAUUUGAGGCACCAAAAAGUACAAGAGCUUCUAAGUUACGUUGGUAAAAUGGCCGGAGCAGGCGAGGCCGUGGAUAUUAACACAGCUGGUUUUAACACAUCACUGAGCUUGUUAUCGACCACUUUUUUCUCCCUUGACUGGGCCGAUUCUAGCUCUAAUGGUGAUGACAUGGCCGGAGAGCUGAAGGAGAUCGUUUUCAAUAUCAUGGAAUCUGCGGGAAAGCCCAACUUGGCCGAUUACUUCCCGUUUCUUAGGAAGGUGGAUCCCCAAGGCAUUAGAAGGAACAUGGCUCGUCAGUUCCGGAAAAUGAUGGGGUUGUUCGACCGUAUCAUCAACAAAAGGCUGCCACUACUCAGAGAAUCGAGUGGUAAUAUUGCUACUGGUCUUAGGGACGGAAGUCAUGAUAUUUUGGAUAAUCUUCUUAACUACAUGAUGAGCGAAGAGAAUAAAGAACAUCAGCUUCUAGACAAAAUUGCAAUCGAACAUUUCUUAGUGGCUCUAUUUUCGGCAGGCACUGAUACGACUUCAUCCACCUUAGAGUGGUCAAUGACUGAACUACUUAGAAAACCAAAAAUUCUUUUGAAAGCCCAAAUGGAGCUAGACAAAGUAAUCGGAAAGGGAAACCAAAUGAAGGAAUCGGACAUAACAAGGCUCCCUUACUUACAAGCCAUAAUCAAAGAGAUCUUUCGUUUGCACCCACCAGCUCCAUUACUGAUUCCUCGCAAAGCCGAAUUAGAUGUGGAACUCUGCGGUUAUAUCGUCCCAAAGGAUGCUCAAGUGAUAGUUAAUAUAUGGGCCAUUUCAAGAGACCCCAAAAUUUGGGACAAUCCCAAUGAGUUCAUUCCGGAGAGGUUUUUAGAAUCAAAUAUUGAUGUCAAAGGUCGAAACUUUGAGCUUCUUCCCUUUGGCAGUGGCCGCCGGAUCUGCCCUGGCUUACCGUUGGCCAUGCGAAUGGUUGAUUUGAUGUUGGGUUCUCUCAUUCACUCAUUUGAUUGGAAGUUUGAAGAAGGUGUUGAAGCAGAUACUAUAAAUAUGGAAGAAAUGUUUGGCCUCACCUUACAGAAAGCUCAGCCUUUGCGAGCUUUAGCUAUGCUUAGGAUGUAGUUACUUUUGACACCAGUCCUCUUGCACAAUACAAUCUAUCAUCUAAAAAAUACUACAUAUUGACGCAAUAUUGUGUGCAGAAUGCAAUAAAAACGCCCCGGCCGAAAUGAGAAUGCA